AAAUAAAAACAAUGAAAACAGUGUACAAUAUUUUGAUAAGAGGAGGCGUUUUAUGCCAGCUGUAUUUUAUAAAUGUUUUAUACUGGUUUUAUAUAUAUUGUACUUAUCUGCGUUCAUGGAUGAGAUUAAUUCUGAAUACACGAAAACUACCAGAGCUUUACGUUGACGCUAGCUGUUAAGGCGGAAUGGGGCGCAGCGCAGUGCGCCUGGUGGUGACAGCGCUGCUGUCUGGCGGGCUGUGUCUGCUGCACGCCAGGAGCGACUGCUGCGUGCUGGUGCUGCUGGCAGCCUCGGCGCUCACCGCCUCCAGCGCCCACCAGGACGCGUGCGGCGACGACGAAGACGAGGCCAGGUACCCGUUCCUGGCCGGCCUCCGGGACGACGAGGCGUGGCAGAGCCUCGCGCCGAGGGUGCGAGUCAAGAGGCGCUCCGCCGCGGCCGAACGCGACCUCUACGACGAGCAGCCGCCCUCCUACGUCUACGAGGACGGCGCCGCCGAACUGGCGCCCAGCGCGAGGGAACUCGAGGACGAACAAGACGCAGAGGGGGCACAGUUCCUUCCAGGCAGGCGGGAAGCUCAACUAACAGAACACGACGGAAAACAAACGUUUAUGGAAAACGUAUUUAAAAGCCGGGAGGAAACACCACAUCUCCAGGGCUACGGCAGAGAGGAAAGGAAAUCACAGACAGAACAGAGGCGGCAAAUCUUCAACAAUCCAAUCUCGCAAAGCAACGGCGAACACGAAAAAAAACACGACGAAACCACCAAACACGCACAUCAAUCAAAAAAAUGUUUGCAGAACAAAUUAAUAAACAUAUCUUCAACCAAGACCACGAAGACGACUACUUUCACAAAGCAAGUACCGCGACUUAUACCAGUACAAUCACUUAAACCACUAAUCAAACAACCGCCACUGCCAAAACCUACAUCACAUUACGAACCAACGCUUUCUCCAGAACUGGAAGAGGUUUUACCACCUCCUGAGGAACCGAUGCCACCAUCAGAAUAUUGGCCACCACCAGAACAUAGGCCACCACCGAAACAUAGGAAACCACCAGGACCAAUGUCACCGCGAAAACCAACUCCGGAACUUUUACCGACCCCAGAAGAAGUGUUGCCACCUCCGGAGGAACCAAUGCCUCCCUCUGGUUAUUGGCCACCAGGUCAUAUGCCGCUACCAUCGGGACAAAGGCCACCACCACCAGGACCGAUGCCACCACGUAAACCAUAUCCCUUUCCAGAACUCUUACAACCCCCAGAAGAAGUAUUACCACCUCCGGAGGAAUCAAUGCCACCAACAAUAUAUUGGCCACCAGGCCAAAUGCCGCCACCACCGGGACAUAGGCCACCACCUCCAGAACAUAGGCAACCACCACCAGAAAAUAGGCAACCACCACCAAAACAUAGGCAACCACCACCAGAAAAUAGGCAACCACCACCAAAAUAUAGGCAACCACCACCAGAAAAUAGGCAACCACCACCAAAACAUAGGCAACCACCACGAAAACAAACUCCGGAACUUUUACCGCCUCCAGAAGAAGUGUUGCCACCUCCGGAGGAACCAAUGCCGCCAUCAGGAUAUUGGCCACCAGGCCAAGUGCCGCCACCUCCAGAACAUAGGCAACCACCUCCAGAACAUAGGCAACCACCACCAGAACUUAGGCAACCACCACCAGAAAAUAGGCAACCACCACCAAAACAUAGGCAACCACCACCAGAAAAUAGGCAACCACCACCAAAACAUAGGCAACCACCACCAGAAAAUAGGCAACCACCACCAAAACAUAGGCAACCACCACGAAAACAAACUCCGGAACUUUUACCGCCUCCAGAAGAAGUGUUGCCACCUCCGGAGGAACCAAUGCCGCCAUCAGGAUAUUGGCCACCAGGCCAAGUGCCGCCACCUCCAGAACAUAGUCAACCACCUCCAGAACAUAGGCAACCACCACCAGAAAAUAGGCAACCACCACCAGAACUUAGGCAACCACCACGAAAACCUACUCCGGAACAUUUACCGCCUCCAGAAGAAGUGUUGCCACCUCCGGAGGAACCGAUGCCGCCAUCAGGAUAUUGGCCACCAGGCCAAAUGCCGCCACCACCGGAACAUAGGCCACACCCUCCAGAACAUAGGCAACCACCACCAGAAAAUAGGCAACCACCACCAAAACAUAGGCAACCACCACGAAAACCAACUCCAGAACUUUUACCGCCCCUGGAUGAAGUGUUGCCUCCUCCGGAGGAACCGAUGCCGCCAUCAGGAUAUUGGCCACCAGGCCAAGUGCCGCCACCUCCAGAACAUAGGCAACCACCUCCAGAACAUAGGCAACCACCACCAGAACAUAGGCAACCACCACCAGAACAUAGGCAACCACCACGAAAACCAACUCCUGAACUAUUACCGCCCCCGGAAGAAGUGUUGCCACCUCAGGAGGAACCGAUGCCGCCAGGGGUAGUAUCUCCGGGACUAGCGCCGCCCCCCGCGUUGUGGCCGGGCGGGCCGCGCGCGCCGCGCACCAGGGCGCCGCUGCUGCCGCCCCUGGCCGCCCCCGGCCCGCCCCCGGAGGACCUGGAGGCACUGGAGAAGCUACCGGCGCGAGGCGUGCUGGACGAGGUGCUGCGGCGCGCGCACGAGGCCCGCGCCACGCGGCACCACGUGGCGCCCGCGCUGCCGGCCCGGGCGGACCCCGCGCCGCCCCCGUGGGCCGCCAGCGCCUCUGGAGGCGGGCAGGACCGCCGCCUGCAGCGCAUCGUGGAGGGCGCGCUGCGCGAGGCGCGGGCCCUGGCGACCCCGCGGGGGGACCGCGCGGCGCCCCGCCAGCUGCGCGACUUCGUGGCGUGGCUGCUGGCGGCCGGCGACCUGGGGCGCGCCUCGGCGGGGGCGCAGCUCCUGGAGCGCCUGCUGGGGCGCCUGGACGGCCUGCCGCCUCGCGAGCAGGAGCUACUGCGGCCCCACCGCGACGUGGUCAGCGGCCUCUACCGGCGCCUCGGCAGCUACCUCGUGUCCCGCCAGCACCUCGGGGACUAG